AUGGCGGUUUUAAGAACGAAUAAUGCUCUACGGGCCUUUACGGCUGCUGCUGCUGCUGCAGAUGGGAUGAAUUUGGGUAUAACUAUAACCCCUAGGUCUAUCCUACUGCGCAUCGAUGGUAGGGAUUCCGGAUUCGAAGGGGAAUGGUGUCGACGAUUGAAGGAUCUGCGAUGCCUGAAAGCAUGUGGCUCUUUAGCGCGUUGA